AGGUGUUCUUCCUGGUUGUUGAUUCCUCUGUGAAAGUAGCAACAUUUCGGCCAUGAGCAAUUUUCAGUAGAAUGCACGCGACGAUUGGAAAUAACGCCCAAUAGCGUGAAUUCUAUGUAGAUGCGCGCGCGCUUUUUGCUUCCAAAGCGUGUCCUUUUGCGCUGAAGGAUUCGUGCAAUGCAGUGUUCAUUUUGAUGAAGUCCAAAAUGCCCGACUGCUGUGCCGCAGCAAACUGCAAGCAGAGUACGGACCAAUCCAACGUUGCCUUCUUUAGGUUUCCGUUGGAUCCAGUUCGAUGUAAACAAUGGGUGGUUAAGUGCCACAGACCAGAUCUGGAGACCAAAACUCCUGAAGAUUUACACAGCAACUACAGAUUGUGCUCAAAACACUUUGAGACCUCCAUGAUAUGUCAGCAAAGUUCUCAGAAAUCUGUUCUGAAGGAUGAUGCCGUUCCUACUAUAUUUGAUUUUGCAACCAACCAGGACAAUGCACAAACUAGCAGCAGAAAAAGGACACGGGAGAAAAUAGGAGAGGAGCCUGUUGCCACAAAGAAAACUAAAGGUAACACCAAUAACUCAAACCCCUCUGUGCCAGAGGCAGAAGAUAAAGUUGAGAGUGAUUCAGCUGAGAACAGCGAAACACAAAAUCCUCAUGCACAUGAUGAAUCAGAGAACGAGGAUCCUGCUAUUUCCAAAGCGAAGGAAAUUUUGAAAGACUACUUCAAGGAGACUUUAGCCUUCACUGGUUUUAGCAUCACCAGCAGUGCAUCUCUUAACGCUGUUAAACCACUGGGGAAUGACCCAGCUAGGCCACUCUCUGUCAACACCAUAUGUUCAGAGAAGAUUGACCAAAAAGAAGUGCUCACCUUAGGUGAGGAUGUGAUGCGUGAGGAGAUCCGCAAUAGCUUGCGCCUUGCACGCUUCUUUUCCAUACUUCUCCAAGAUAGAGUAAGCAUUGAGGGCAAGGAACAGAUUCCUGUGUUUAUCCGCUCAGUCACUGGUGAAGGCUUUCCACAGAAAUACCUCAUGGGAUUCCUUCCUUGCGAUGUUGACUCAGACACUCUGUUUCUUAUGCUUAUAUCUGAGAUCCGGAACAAGUGGGGCCUGCGGAUGGAGCACUGCCGUGGCUUCACUUACCUGUCAUCAGGUGCCAUGUGUCAGAAACUGAAGGAUCUUUCCUGCAGGAUGCUGCGGGAUUUUCCACAGGUAGUUUUGUCACCCAGUGAGCCUUACGCCUUCAAUGUGUGGUUGAUUCGCUCCAUGCCCAUCCUUCCAAUUCAGGAUGUUGUUGAUACUGUAGAGCAGGUUGCUGCCGUUAUUAGGCAAUCAGAAACUCUGGCGAAGAAACUGGAUGCCAAGAUCACUGCAUCGUACAGCCAUAUCAAAGGCGAAGUGGACAGAGUGAAGGAGUCUUGUCAGAACCAUUGGGAAUAUGCCACCGAUGCUUUCCAGACAAUGCUUGAUAUCUUGGAGCCGCUUUUGAGCAGCAUUGGAGAGAUGUGCACCAGUGCCCUUUCAGAUGUAGACACAGACACCAUCGUAGUGCUUCUUAUGUUGAAAGAGAAGCUGAAGAACUUUAAUUUCAUCAUUACACUUGUGGUCUUGAAGAACACACUGUGUUGUGUAAGCAUCCUGAACCCCAGCCUUAGGGGAAUAAUCAGCAUCAGCAGCACAUUACAGUACACCAUCUCUAAUGCCUUGAAGCUUCUAACCAAACAUAUGCAGGAGAUCGCCAUUUUUCACAGAAAAUGGUUCUCUGAUGCAGUGGGCAGAGCCAAGAAGUUGGGGGUGCCAGUCAGUCUGCCAGUGGAGAUGGGGACAAAUGGUGAUGACGCAGAGAAACCACAAGCCUCUUUGGAGGAUUACUACAGGGAAGCACUGAGCAAGAAGGUUUUACAAUACCUUGUUGAUGAAGUCAAAAGAGUCCUAGGCACUGAAAUGGCAAGAAUCCUCAGAUGGUUGUCAUUAGUGCCCUCAUACAUGGCUGACCACAAUUUUAGCAUCCGCAAAGACAAAGUUGCUGAUGCUAACCUGAAUAACUUGGCUCGUCCUGACUCCUUUUAUGAUGAGCUGGGCUGUUGGGAAGUGAAAUGGCGACAUGCUAGCAAGCGAAGGAUUCUUCCCACCAGUGUGUUUGCUACCCUCAAGAUCCCAGAUAUAGGCUUUUACCCAAAUGUGCAGAGCCUGUUGAGAGUGUUGGGCACCAUCCCUUGUGUCCGUGCAGAAUCUGAUGUGUAUGGGCAUUAUGACAUGGUGUUGGGCCGCUAUCAGUCCUACAUGAAAGAAGUACAAGUGGAAAAGAGACUGAGCAAUAUGGCCUUUGUUUAUGUCAAUCAAGAUGUCCACUUCAACAUUGAGGAAAUGGUGGAGGCGUAUGUAAAGAAAUAUCCAGAAAUCCUACAGCUAUUACAUGAAGAUGAUGUAAUGGAAGUGCAACCAUCAGUUCCUGAAACCAGUGCAAAUGACGCCUCUAAAGAAGAUACAGAAGAACCAAGAGAGAUGACAUUAAAUAUGGACAUUGAGAGACAGAAACUGCCUGAGUGUGCAGAAACUGAUAAAGAGGCAUUAAAAUCUGCAUUACAGGCCGCUGUCACAGCAGCAUAUGGCAGGCAAAGCAGACACACUCAGGGUGAUCAAGAUCAGGAAGUAGAAUAUGUGACCAAAUCCGAGAUGAAUGAAGUCCUUAAAGUGUGUGAGGAUGUUGUAAGAGAUAGGAUUCUUUCAGAGCUUGGAAAUUCAUUCUUUUCCCUGUUUAUCGACCGAGUUGUCAGAUUGGGAGAGACCGACUACUUACCCAUGUUCAUCAGAUUUGUUGACAGUUUUGAUGUCAUGCGCCUUGAGCUUCUGGGUUUUAUUGAGGUUACUCAUGACACUGAGGCCAUGUGCGAACGACUUUUUGAUGUUGUCAUCAAAGAGUGGCGUCUCGAUUUGAGCUACUGCAGAGGUCAAGCUUACCUUGGCUCUGGGGAAGUGUCCUAUAAGCUCAAGGCCUUUGCAUGUAAAAUACAGGAGCAGUAUCCUCUUGCUAUAUGCACACACUGCUCAUGUUACUCUUUCAAUACCUGGUGGUCAAGGUCAGUUCCAGUAGCUGCCGUCAUCAGAGCCAUAGAUACGUUAGAGGAGAUAGUGUCAUUCUUCCACAGCAUUCCUGCUCUCGAGAAACAGUUAGAUCAAGUCUUAGCCAUAGGCCUAAGAGAGAGCUAUGAGAAAAUCCAUGAGCUUCAAGGAAAGUUCUGCUCCUCUUGGCUUGAGAAACACGACUCUUAUGAAGUCUUCGCUCAGAUUCUGGAGCCUCUGGUAGAUUGGCUUGAAAAUAUUGAUAACUGCCAACCACAAAGAUGGAGUUUGGCAGUAUCCAACCGAGCCAAGAGACUACUUCAGUUAAUAAGGGACUUUGAUUUCAUUGUGGCAAUUGUUGCGCUAAAAAAUGCCUCAUCCUUCACCAGGGAACUGAGUGCAGCAUUACAGAAAGACCAUUUCAGUGCUGCCUCACAGCUCAGCCAGAUCAGUGGUAUUGUGGCCACACUUAACAGAGUGAAAACCAACAUCAAGGUUUUCCAUCAGAAUUGGUUUGAUGAAGCUUCUUGUUUUGCUCAGAGCCUGGGUGUGCAGGUUAAAGUGCCUGACAGCGUGAUUGUUCCAAGGGACAGUCUCUUGAAGCCAGGUUCAUACUAUAAAGACACAAUGAGUGUGCCAUUAGUUGACCACCUUAUAAACAUGGUGAAAGACUAUUUCUCUGAUGACCACAAGGAGGCUCUCAACUUAUUGUCCUUGGUCCCGUGCUCUGUGACAAUGAGCUAUGUUUUUGAAACGCUCAAGUCAAAACCUCCAUUGUAUAUUGGUGACCUUCCUGAUCCUGACAACUUCUUCACGGAGCUAAGCUGCUGGAAAGUGAAGUGGAAAACAAAAGUGGUUAGUUUAACCAUACCAGAGACCAUUUUUCAGACUCUGCGUCUACCCCUCAUGCAGUACUUCGUAAACAUCAACACAUUGCUGAAGAUAAUGUGUGUGUUGCCAAGCACAGCUUUAGAAUAUUGUGGUGAGGUGAAGCGGCACAAAAUGUAUCAAGACUACUUGAGCAACACCCCACUUAUGGACAGAUCACCUUGUUUAGCUGUUCUUCAGGUGGGCACUGACUUUAACAGAGACCUAGACCGAAUGGUUGCUCAGUGCUUAAAGCUCACACCUAAGACACUGGAGGGUAUUUGCUUGGACAAAGAAUCCAAAACCUUAGGACGGACUGUUGAAAUAAAAACAGAAGAUGACACCCACAUGGAUGAAGUAGAGGACAGGGAAGCACAGCAGGACAAAGACUCCAAAAUACUUGUGGUGAAUUCUGAGAUAACAGGCAGUGAAGCAGAAAUCUACAAAGAGGGAGCAGAGAGCAUAGAGACUCAGCAGCAGUCUGAAAACAUAGAAGUGGUUGCUGGUUGCACGGAAGUGGCUGUUGAGGGGCAGCGUGAAAAUGUUGAAGAUGCGGAGCAGGUUCCUGAUGAGAAUGGCCAUUCUGAUAAACCAGCUGACAACAUAAAAAACUGCAAAGAAGUCUUUAAACAGGCAGCUAUGCUUGCAAGGAGAAACUGCUCAUUGAUCGACCUUGAUAAACCUGAACAAGAUGCUGUUGUUCAGAAACUUGCCUUAUGUCAUUGGGUGAAGGAGGAAGGGACAAUGUUUUCAGAGGGAGAAAUGUUGCAAAGUAUUGUGAAGGUCAUACGAGAAACAAUCCUCACUGAAGUUCAGGACUCCCCUUUCUUUUCCAUCAUCACUGAUAGAGCCAUUUCAGUGGGUGAGGCGAAGUUCCUACCAGUAUUUGUUAGAUAUGUGAAUGACUGCAUUCCUAAAGUGGAGAUUAUAGGAUUUCUGCCCUUUGAUGAAAGCUCUGAUGUUGAUUUGCAAGCUAAGGCUCUUUCAGCAACACUUGAAGAUGAGUGGGGACUUCAGAUGGGUUGCUGCCGUGGCCAGUCCAUCAUGUGCUUUGGUACGGGGAGCAAAAGUCUCAGGAAGAUGGCUUUGGGUUUUUUAGAGAGGUAUCCAUCAGCUGUGAACACUCCCAGUGAGUCUUGUGGACUUGCCUAUUGGCUGGCUUUAAGCCUACAAAAUGCAUCCAUUACAAAGGUUCUAGAGACAACUGAGGAUCUAUUACAGUUUUUUGACCAGUCACCCAAAUUAGAGAGUGAGCUUGCCAAGACCAUGGAUGGGCUGCUGAGUACCCCACGGGAAGCACUUGCAGAGGUCCCAGAGACCUGCCUGUCCAGAUGGAAGAAGAGAGAAGACUUCUUUGAUAUUUUGGUGGACAUGCUGGAGGGAGUCCUGAACUGCUUAGAUUCUGUGAGCACCAACUCCAGUGGAUCAUGGAGCGAUAGCAUGUCACUGCAUUCCCAGACCCUGUCCACAGCUCUUAGACAGGUUGAUUUUAUCAUCCCCCUAGUGAUCUUGAAGAAUGCCUGUGCACCCUUAAGGAAUUGCAGCACUGUGUUUCGCUGUGGAAACCCUGCUGACAUCAUUUGUGAGCUUGAGAAAAUUAUGCCAAUUAUAGAUACUUUUAGAAAGAUGUUGGACAAUUUAAAUGCAGUGCAUUCUGUCUGGUUUGAGGAGGCAGUGGAGCUUGCAACUAAAGUCAUGGGAUUGCUGUCAUAUGCAGAAUCUGUCAGUGGCUAUGAUUCACCAGAAACAUCUUACAUGGAAGCAGUUAGCUUACCAGUUCUAAAUGGUUUGAUUGAAGAAAUGAAGUUUAACUUCUCAGAGAGUCACCUAAAAGCCCUGAAAGUUUUGUCCCUUUUGCCAACAUGCAACCCUCUGCCUAUUCUCCCAGAAUCCACAGAUAAACUGCACACUUUCUACCUGAGUGAUCUCCCUGAGCCAGAAACAGCGGAGGAUGACAUUAACACCUGGGCCAUGGUAUGGAGGGAGAAGUAUCAAGAUGUUUGUCCUCCCACCUCCAUCUCUGAGACAUUGCUCCAUAAUGAAGCCAAAAUUCUUCCAAAUGUUGCAACCCUUCUUAAGCUUGUGGCCGUGCUGCCCAGCAUUAGCAUGGAGUGCGAUCUAAUGAAGACAACGCUAAACUCUUUGAGGACCUUACUCCGAGAUGGUAUCUUUAACAGGGGCAGUAAGACUGAUGCAGUGAUGCUUCUUAUGCAUCGCCAGACACUACAGAGCCUGGAAGAGGUGAUCGAGAAAUGCAUGGCGGUUGAUCCAGAAAGUAAUCAAUUUCUUGCUCAGGUAAAGUCAAGAGUUAAUCACCUGAGAAUGGAAGGUGAGGUGAUUGCCAUGGCUCCACAGGAGAUGGUUGUAGAUACAAAUGGUUCGGAUAAUCCACAAGAGGCAAAUGUUGCUGGAAUUGAUGUCAAAACUGCUGCUCCAGAGGAAAUUCUAGUGGAAACCAAUGACUCUAGUGAAAUAGCUGAAGAAAAUACUCCUGACCAGCCAUCAUCUUUAACAGUUAGCAGCUCAGACAAGGCCACAACUGCAGCUCAAGUCAUCGCUUCUUGCAGCUCUCUGACAACCAGCACACCUGACCAGCCAACAGAAUCUGUCCAAGAUGCUGCUAUGCAGUCUACAGCAGAAGAACAUGAUAGAAGUGAUCAACUAAUCGCACUUGUUCAAGAUCUAAAUGAUCGGUCUGAAGUACUUGAUCAGUGUGGAAUUGGUCUACCAGUAACAGGGGAUCAAAUAGUUACUAAUCAAAUUGGAACUGGGCAGCCCAAUGAAGAAGAGCUAGUUAGCACUGUUCAGUCAGCAUCAUCUAAUCAAAGUGAAACUGAUCAACCUAUGGAAGUUGAUCAGUUUGUUGCCACAGAAGCAGGUGAAACUGAGCAGACAGCAACAGAGGAACAAAGUGUACCUGAUGAGUUCAUGGCAGUUGCUCAAGUUGAUACUGAUUCCUCCAUCGUUGCUCAAGGUGAAUGUUGUCAUACAGUAACAGGCUUGGCAGAUUGUCAGUUUGUGUCAGAGGAUCCAAGUGAAUCUGUUCAGCUCAUGUCAGUUGAUCAAAAUGUAAAUGGUAAGUUAGAGUCAGUCCUUCAAAGCGAAACGAAUCAACCCAUGGAAAUUGAUGUGAGUGGAAAUGAUCCAUAUGUAGUUGAAGAUCAGGGUGGAAAUGGCCAACCAGCAAUGGGAAAACAGUGUGAAGUUGAGCAGUUGGAAGUUAGUCCAGUUGAGACUGAUCAGUCUAUUGUAAAAGUUCAGGAUAAAGCUUGUCAGUUAUUAAAAGUUAUAGCAGAUGACAGAGAAACUGGUCAGUUAGUAUCUGUGGAACAAAUUGGAUCUCAUGAUCUUGAGGCUGUUGAUAACUCUGGAAAUUCUGUAGCAGCGGGUCAGAAUAAAACCAGUCAAUCAGUAACUGAAGAUCAGUUUGUGGCAGAUGAUCAAUUUGAAACUCUAAAUUUAGUAGUGAAAAGUCAAGAUUCUAUUCAGACAGAACAUGGGUUAGCAAAUGAAGGGGAGUUAAUAUCAGAAGAUCAAAGUGAAUCUCAUGAACUCAUGGUAGUUGACUCUGGAAAAGACCAGUGUCUAAUGUCAGAUCAAAGUGUAACUGGUCAGUCAGAAAUAGGAGACCCAAGUGUAACAGAACAAUUCGUAGUAGUUGGUCAAGUUGAAAAAGAUAAUUCCAUAGUAGAAGGUCAAGAUGAAACUGGGAUCCCAAGUGAAGGUGAAACUAGUCAGUUAAUAUCUGGAGAUCAAAAUCUAUCUGAUCACCCUAUGGUAGAUGAUGCUGGAAAUGAUCAGUCUGUAACACCAGAUCAAAGUGUAACUGGUCACUCAGAAAUAGGAGACCCAAGUGUAACAGAACAAUUCAUAGUAGUUGGUCAAGUUGAAAAUUAUAAUUCCGUAGUAGAUGAUCAAGAUAAAACUGGUCAGACAAAAACUGGGUUCUCAAGUGAAGGUGAAACUAGUCAGUUAAUAUCUGGAGAUCAAAAUGUAUCUGAUCACCCUAUGGUAGAUGACUCUGGAAUUGAACAGUCUGUAACAGCAGAUCAAAGUGUAACUGGUCAGUCAGAAAUAGGAGACCCAAGUGUAAUGGAACAAUUCAUAGUAGUUGGUCAAGUGGAAAAUUUUCAUUCCGUAGUAGAUGAUCAAGAUAAAACUGGUCAGACAAAAACUGGGUUCUCAAGUGAAGGUGAAACUAGUCAGUUAAUAUCUGGAGAUCAAAAUGUAUCUAAUCACCCUAUGGUAGAUGGUGCUGGAAAUGAUCAGUCUUUAACAGCAGAUCAAAGUGUAACUGGUCAGUCAGAAAUAGGAGACCCAAAUGUAACAGAACAAUUCAUAGUAGUUGAUCAAUUUGAAAAUGAUCAUUCUUUAGUAGAAGAUCAAGAUAAAACUGGUCAGACAGAAACUGGGUUCCCAAGUGAAGGUGGAACUAGUACGUUAGCAUCCGGAGAUCAAAAUGUAUCUGAUCACCCCAUGAUAGAUGACACUGGAAAUGAUCAGUCAGUAACAGCAUAUCAAAGUAUAACUGGUCAGUCAGCAAUAGGAGAUCCAAGUGUAACAGAACAGUUUAUAGUAGUUGGUCAAGUUGAAAAUGAUCAUUCUGUAGUAGAAGAUCAAGAUAAAACUGGUCAGACAGAAACUGGGUUCCCAAGUGAAGGUGAAACUAGUACGUUAGCAUCUGGAGAUCAAAAUGUAUCUGAUCACCCCAUGAUAGAUGACACUGGAAAUGAUCAGUCAGUAACAGCAGAUCAAAGUGUAACUGGUCAGACAGAAAUUGGGUUCCCAAGUGAAGGUGAAACUAGUCGGUUAGUAUUAGGAGAUCAAAAUGUAUCUGAUCAGCUCAUGGUGGAUGAUGACUCUGGAAAUGAUCAGUCUGUAACAGCAGAUCAAGAUGUAACCUGUCAGUCAGUUACAGAAGAUCAAAGUGUACCUGAUCAGUUUAUAGCAGUUGGUCAAGUUGAGUCAGAUCAAUCUGUAGUUGAGGGUAGAAAUGAAACCGCUCAGACAGAAAAUGUAUUACCAAACAAAGUUGGAACAAGUCAGUUAAUAUUUGGGGAUCAAUGUGGAGCUGAUCAGCUCAUGGUAGUUGACUCCGGAAAUGAAAGUUCUGUAACAGUUGAUCAUAGUGGUACUGGUCAGUCUGUCUUAUCAAGUGAAGCUGGAACUAAUCAGUUAGUUUUGGGAGACUGUGGAUCUGAUGAGCUCAUGGUUGUUGAGUCUGGAAAUGAUCAUUUUGUAACGGCAGAGCAAGGUGGAACUGAUCAGUCCUCACCAGACCAAACUGUUACUGAUACAUUUGUGGAAGUUGCAGCUCACCAGCCUAUAGUAGAACAUCAGAGUGGAUUUGGGUUAGAAGAUGGAAGUGGAACUUGUCAGAUAGUAUCAGGGGAUCAAAGUGGAAAUGAUCAGCUUGUGGCAGAUGAACCUUGUGGAAAUGAUCAGGCUGUAGUAGAAUCUCAAGGUGAACUUAUUCUUGCAGUUGCAUUGAAUCAAAGUGUACCUGAUCAGUCUGUGGCACUCAGUCAAGGUGGAAAUGAUCAGAUAGUACCAGGGAAUCAAAAUGAGAUUGAUCAGUCCAACAUAGAUCAGGUUGGCCUUGAGCAGCCCAAAGAAGCUGCAGAUUGUGGCUCAGAUCAGUUCAGUUCAGUGGCUCCAGAUUGCUCAGACCAAGAAAAUGCAGCAGUGCACAUUUGCCUUGAUCAGUCCUCUGCUGUAACUCCAAGUGUUACUGACCAUUGCACACCUGCUUCACCUAAAGAUAUUACUGAUCACACCAUGGCAGCAGAAUCUGAAGGCACAGUCCAGUAUGGAGUAAAGGCUGAAGAUAGUGCAAACCAAGUAGCUACCCUGGAUGGCACUGGACUACAAAAAAUAGUUUUUACCCCCCACAAUGCUGUUGCUCGAGAGGAAUUGCUCAAGGAACUGUGCAACAUAAAGUUCUUUUCCAUAGUCACUGAGGAAGAGUUUGCAAUCGAUGGCCAACCAUACAUCUCUGUAGGAAUACACUACCUUAACAAACAAGACAUCAAGUGUGAAAAUAUGCUGGCCUUUAUCCCGCUUUCCACAAACAUUACUUCAUUUGUUGAUAAGCUUACCAUUGCUCUUUCUGAGAAGUGGGGUUUGAACUUGGCCCUCUGUAGAAGUCAAACCUUGGCAAGAACAGGUGCCUCAGUCUCUCAGAUGACACAGGCUUCAGCUUUGCUUUCCCAGAGACUCCCUCAUGCUUUCAGUUUCCCAAACCUUGUAACUCCAAAAUCUUUGCUAGCCAGUUUGUCCUCCCAGAGAGAGAUAACACACUGUUUUGAGUGCUUGGAGCAGCUCUUCAUAUGGUUCUCUGAGGAUAUUCAACGACGUGUAAGACUAGAGGAUGCUGUUGUACAUUUGUUCCAGGAGGACAAAAGGAAGGCCAGUGAGCUGAAAGCCAAGAUCAGCAGCAAUCAAUUGGCAAUGAGCCAUGAAGUUCUGGAACUCACUACAGAAAUUCUAGAGGCCAUCGUCUUUUGCUUGAAUGAGAUGAAACAGAACCAAGAAAAUGAGGCAAACACAGAACAGGCUCAGAGCUUCCUAUCUGCUAUCCAAAACUUUGAUUUCAUAUUGACAGUUGUGAUUAUGAAAAACAUCUUGAGCCUCACCAAAAGCAUAAAGCUGAGUCUUCAGGGAAAUUCCUAUGAUGUGUAUCAAGCUGUAAACAGAGCGUCUGAUCUGCUGCCCUCUUUCAGUGAAAUGAAGAACAGUAUUGACUCACAUCAUCAAACCUGGUUUCAAGAGGCUGUUGCUUUGGCUUCUAAGCAAGUACCUUCACUACAACCACCCUUAAAUGUGCACUACAGAGAGGACAUCAGUAAAGGGGCCAUUGAGCACUGUAUUGCUGAGAUGGAAGGACUCUCCAAGGAUGUUCUGUCUGCUGUUCGCUGCUUGCAGGUUGUGCCUUAUGUCAUGUCCAAAGUGGAGGGAUGCUGCAACGACACAGAGUUUGUCAAGGUGUUCCAAGAUGUUUUACCUGACCCAAACUCCUUCCAGGAUGAGCUGCAGAGAUGGAUGGACAGGUGGCAAGACUGUAUUGCCAGUCAUCAGCACCUACCCGACACUGUUCUCAGCACUCUCAAAAUUUCUGACAUUGAGUCUUUUCCCAACAUUUCAACUAUCCUUAGGCUCCUGGCAGUCUUGCCCAUCUCCAGCACGCAGAGUAGUUUCACACAGAGAAAGAUGAAAUCUGAGAUGUACCCUCUGUAGUAGGCUUGGCUUAGCUAGCUGCCCCCGAACAAGCUUUCUAAUAGGAUGUCAUACACUGCUGAAACUUCAGAAUGUCCCACUGUAUUCUCUAAACUGUAGAUCACAUCUGACUGUAGGUUUCAGUAUGCUUAUUUUAUUAGUUGAAUUAGACCUGUACACUCUUAAGUAUAAUCAACAAUGGUUUUAUUGAUGUUUUGUCUUUUUUUUUUUUAUUGUUUGUUUUCCUUUUAUGUAAAUGGCAUGGAAAGAGGACUGCCAAUUGGGACCAAUGUCUUGCCAAAAAAAAGAAAGAAUAGGAUGCCCUUGGGGGGCCUUACUGUUUCGUGCCUUUAUGCAAAAACCCUACAUAACACUUCAAAUCAUUUGACACAAAAAGUCUGGAUGGACACUUUCACAUCACACUUUUGGGGAAUUUCCUAAUAUCUUCAGGAACUUUUAAAGACUUCAAAUCAUAUAAAUAUUCUGAAAUGCAUUCUGAGGUAAAGAGAAUUGUGUUUUAUCACAAUGAAUUAUAACUGUGUUAUAUUGUCAAUGUCAUCCCAUGGCACAAGCUAAAAUCAUUCUGUCCCUGUAUCAUUAUGCGUGUUUCAAUGUUUAAUUUGUUUGCAGUUUUAUUUAGAUGGAUCUUUCUGUAAACGUUUCUCCCUGAAGCCCUCCUCACAAAGGAAGCAUUCAUAUAUAUUUGACUAAAAUAAACAAAUAAAAUCAUUGAAAAGAA